AUGUGUCAAGAUUUAUUGUUGAACAAGGACUGUAAAUUUUUAUCAACUUUGAGCACAUUUAAAUUCUUGCUAAGUAAAUUAUUAUUUGAAUCACGUGAAUUAAAUAUUUUUGCCGACGAGUUUAAAGUUAAGUUCAAGAGGUUAUCAUCAGUGGGCCGAGUGUCUCACAAUCACGAUUUUAGUCCGGAGUUUUAAGAACACGCGUUUUGUGCGACUUACCACCAAAAUGCGGUUUUGCGCAGUUUCCAUGACCCAGAUUGACAAUGGGGAGUUUGCUCGGUACACGGAACAGCUGUUGGCCGCGCUAACAUGUCGGCCGGAGCAAGGAAGAGACGGCUUGGAUAUUUUGUUGACUGCGCGCGCCUCUUGGCGGCUUCGUACCUACAAUUUUCAGGGCCGUAAAUAUUAUUUUGUUGGUUGGUAUAUUACAAUACAUACUGCUUAA